AAAAAAUAAUAAAAUAAUAAAAAAAAAAUUAUUUAAGUUUUUAAGUUGUUUGUAUAACAAGACAUUUUUUUCACAAUUACGGUGGACUUAUUGCCUUUAAAAAUCAUGAGUUCACAUCAAGGAAAUCAGUCGAAUGCCACAACGGGAACCUAUCAGUACCAAUGGGGAGAUCAAGUACUAGAAAUUCCAUCAAAUAUCAAUUACCAAUUGGAAAAUAUCAUUGCCGCUGGUGGUGGUGUCCAGUACAUUCUCUCGGAUGGAUCAAUUUUGGUGCAAAAAGAGACCAAAAAAGAUAGUAAUAAGAAUAGUUAUAGACGUAUGAUUGUCCUGAAUCAACAGCCAUCAGAAAUUGCACAGGCAGCUACAGUAACGACAACACAAACUGGUCCAGCGACACAACAGCGAAUCAUAACACAACAAAUACCAUCAAAUGGAAAUGUUGAAACGAAAAAUGCAAUUAUCACAAAUGCAAAUCAAACAGCAGCAACAACAACAACUAUACAACAGAAUCGAUCUGGAGCACAAGUAAUAACACCAAUGGGACCUUUGACAUUGACUGCAGACGAGUACAAUGAGCUAAUGCAGCGUCGCUUACAAAAACAGGAAGUUGAGGUCCAGCAGAGGCGCGUACAAGAAGCACAAGAAAGAGCGCAACAAGAAGCUCAGCAAAGAGCUCAACAGGAGGCACAACAAAGAGCCCAGCAAGAAGCACAACAAAGAGCUCAGCAGCAGCUUCAUCAUCAACAGCAAAUGCAAGAGCACCAAAAUAUUGCUGUUCAAGUACAAAAGAUUGUGCAAUCACUUGAGGAGGAAGUCGAUGGAAAGAAAGAGGAGCCUGAUGACAUCGAAAUGCAUUUGAUUGCACCGAAAAUGGAAAUACAAGAUGUACAUGUCAAUGAUGAGAGUGAGCACGGAUCAGUUGAACAACUUCAGAUAACGAAACAACCGAAAACUGAAGAUGGAGAAGGAAAAGGUUCAAGUCGACCGUUUUCAUGUGAGCAAUGUGGAAAGAAAUUUUUGCUAAAACAUCAUUUAACGACUCAUGCAAGAGUUCACACCGGAGAAAGGCCUCACUGUUGCAUUCAUUGCGGGAAAGAUUUUGCUCAUAAGCACUGCUUAAAUACCCACUUGUUACUACAUUCUACAGAACGUCCAUACCAAUGCACGGAGUGCAAGAAAUGCUUCACAUUAAAACAUCAUCUUUUAACCCAUUCUCGUGUACAUUCUAGAAGUCGUCCAUUUGUUUGUACAGAAUGUGGCAAAACUUUUUCGCUCAAGCGACAUCUCGUCACACAUAUGAAAUUUCAUGCAGGUGAACGUCCGUACGUCUGUCAAGAGAUUGGUUGUGGAGAAAGCUUCGCACAAGAACAGCAUUUAGUAAUGCACUCACGUUUCCAUGGAUCAGUUAAUCCAUUCGUUUGCAAUGACUGUGGUGCUUCAUUUGCUCGUAAAUUCCAAUUAGUAAAUCAUGGAAAGCUCCAUGGUCGCGUACCUCACGAAUGCACGGUGUGUGGACAAGAAUUUUUGCAGAAACGAACUCUUGUUGCUCACAUGCGACAACAUACAGAUGCACCUCACGUAUGUUUAGAUUGUAGCGAAGGAUUUCGCACGAAAUCUGAACUUACUGCGCAUCAACGUAUUGUUCACAAUAUACAGCCGCCAGUAAGAAAUAAACAUGGAACAUCACACGCAACAGCAACAGCUACCAGUCAACAACAAGAACAACAGGAUGAUGAUCAAAUGGAACAGCAUCAAGAAAUUGAAGACGAUCAUCAACAAUAUAUGAAACAAGAGGAGCAGCAAUAUGAGACGAUUCAAACAGUUCACGAUAAUCAAAAUUAUCAAAUUAUGGUGCCAAGUGGAAGUAAUUCGUCAACGAUUGAACAUAAAACAAUAAGAAUUCAGCAACAACAAAAUGUACAGAGUCAACAUCUCUGUACACAGUGCGGUAGCUGCUUUAAUAAUCGUGAGGCAUUAAACUUGCAUUUAAGAUUACACACCGGCGAUAAGGGUCUAAUGACUGACUUAUGUGCACUAACGGCAGCUAUUCCUGGACAUAUUUUCCAAAGUGGUGGAAACCAUUACAUCGAAAUUGAUGGCGGAAAGUAUAAUAUAACAAACGGCGCUACAAUAAUGGCCAAUACAGGUGGAUCAUCACCAGUACCAGUUCAAAUAAUCACAUCAGCCAAUGGUCAGCAGGUAAUUGAACAAGUUCAAAGUAUUUCUCCAUCAUUAUUGCAACAACAGCAACAUGUUACACAACAAGAAGUUCAAAUCGCUCAACAACAAGGACAAAUUGUCUAUACAACAUCAGUUCCUCAAGAUUCACCGGUCACACAAACAGUUCUUGUCCAUCAACAACAGCCUCAUCAGACACAACAACAAGUCACUCAUCAACCACAACAGCAACAAAUUAUCGUGCAUAAUCAACAACAUCAUCCAAAGCCUAAGAAUCACUUCUGUCAGCAUUGUCAAAAAGGAUUCGCAAAUAAGCAUGGCAUGCAAUUGCACAACAAGCGACAUCCGAAUGGUGAAUGUACAAUUCGUUCCCAUGUUUGUGGUGAAUGUGGACGUGGAUUCUUCCAAAAGAAUCACUUGAUGCUUCAUCAGAGACAACAUAUGGAGCAAGGUCGUGGCAGUAAUCAAGUUAUUGUUCAAACUGAGAGCAUUACUGAAGUUGUUGAGAACCGAACAAAUGAACAGGAUGAACAACAUCAUGAUGAGUUGGAUGCGGCAGCUGAACAGGACGCACACGAUGAGACUGGAUUGGAUGAAAUUACAGCAGCUAGUGACAAUCAUUCGAGUGAAAUGCGAACACAAAAUGUCAUUGUCAGUAACAAUAAUAACAGUAUAGAAAGUGAUGAGAAAGCGACGAAAGUCUCAGUUGUAAUACAUGAUGGAAGUUUAGGAAGUAUUCAAAUAGCCACAACGAAUGAGGCAUCUGUAGGCUCUUCCAUAGAUCAAGGGGAAUAAAUUAGUAAAUUAUUAGGUUUUUUGGAUUAGUUUGUAUAAUUUUUUUUGUGCGGGAUAUAACUAGGGACUUGUUAAUAGGAAUAAUGACUUGGUGUAUUGAUAGAAUUUAGCAGCUAGCUGAUAUGAUUGGCUUGAUAAUUCAGUAUUUUUUUGAGUAACUUAAGAACAAGUACUUCGAGACUGAAUUCUAUUGUUUGCACUUUAGUUCCUCUAGCAAGUAGAUUGCAAGCCCUUAAAUAUAAUUUUGCGGACCUAUUGUUAAUGUUACAAGAUUCUGUGCUAAUUCAAAUUUACAUCUAAUAAGUUUCAGUAGAUUAAUAACAAUACAAAUUUAUGAAAAGACAUGCCAUGCCUAUUUCCUACAAUGACAACUGGAUGUUGCCCCUUUUAUGUAGUCUAUGGAACUAAAAAAAUCAUAAUGACACCUUAAGUAGUGUCGAUCCUUAAAUUUACCCUUUUUUUCGCUAU